AAUUUUUAUUUUCCAUACUUUUUUUUAUUUGUAAUAUCAUUUUUCAUUUCUUUUUUUUUCUCUCUCCUCUCUUUUUACUUGUAAAAAAAUAGUAGACAAAAAAAAAAGUAGCUUUUGUUUGAACGAUAGUGCAAAGAAAAAUGUCUAAUUAUCACCAGCAUAAUCUUGCUAGCGAAGAUCCAACACUCAUUGUUACACCAGAUCAUUCAAACGUGUUGGAUGAAAAGAAUGAUAAUGUUAGAAUUGAUUUAAGGGAUCACCUUACUCCACACAAUGACCCGGCUAAUCCCUUUGCGUUUGUACCCGACCAAUUAUCAGCCUUGAUGGACCCAAAGAAUUUACCUUUGUUACGUUCUUUUGGUGGUCUUGAAGGUGUGGCUCGUGGUCUGCAAGUCGACCUCCAGUCUGGUUUAACACCUAACCCUCCCAAGCAUCAAAACAUCUCUCUCACACAAAUAUUAAAGGAAAAGGAUGACUCAGUCUAUGUUGAGGAGAUCGAAUUCAAGAGAACCCCUACCGUACAUUCUUUGGGCAGACAAUUGACCCAUCGAACCGAUGUCACCGUCUCUGCUCCAGAAGUUACCGCCUUCCCUCAGAGAAAACACGCAUUCGGUUCUAAUGUGCUUCCAGAGACACAGUCAAAAACCAUAUACCAGCUCAUGUGGAUCGCAUUUCAAGAUAAAACACUGAUUCUAUUAGCUAUUGCUGCUGUAGUCUCGUUGGGUGUCGGUCUGUAUGAAGAUAUUGCUGUUCCCGAAUAUGAUACUUUUGGUCAAAGAAUUCCUGGUGUCAAAUGGGUCGAAGGUGUUGCUAUUAUUGUUGCCAUCAUGCUUGUUGUCAUGGUCGGUAGUGUGAAUGAUUUUCAAAAGGAGAAGCAAUUUCGAAAACUGAAUGCUAAAAAAGAUGAUCGCGCAGUCAAGGCUACACGUGAAUCUACGGUCAUUAUGCUUUCUGUCUAUGAUAUCCAGGUCGGUGAUAUCCUUCAUCUGGAGCCAGGAGACAUUGUCGCUGUAGAUGGUAUCUUUAUCGAAGGUCACAAUCUCAAAUGUGAUGAAUCUGCUGCCACCGGUGAAUCUGAUGCAGUACGUAAACAGCCCUGGAAGAUGUGUGAGCGUAUGGCUGCCACCCAGGCCAAAGAAAACGAUGUCCGUCAUAACUAUCGCCCAUCUGCUGACUCCCCUUCAUCUUCCGAAUCCGGAUUUAAACCUAGUAAACCUGCACCUCCCGCCGAGCAUAAAAAUACCCCGGAUCCAUUCAUCAUCUCUGGUUCUAAAGUGUUGGAAGGUGUCUGUACUUACCUGGUCACUUCCAUUGGUGAAAACUCCUACUUUGGUCGUACCAUGAUGGCCCUUCGUUCUGAACCCGAAAGCACUCCCCUGCAAGAAAAGUUGAAUGACUUGGCUGAAAUGAUUGCAAAGAUGGGUUCUGCUGCUGGUUUGUUAAUGUUGAUCGUCUUGUUGAUUCGUUACUUUGUUGGAUGGAAAGAAGGUGUCCCAGAUCAACCUACCGAGAUCGUCAUGGCUAUCAUGAAGAUUCUAAUUGUUGUCGUGACGAUUGUUGUGGUUGCCGUCCCUGAAGGUUUACCAUUAGCCGUUACACUUGCUCUCGCUUAUGCUACACAACGUAUGCUAAAAGAUAACAAUUUGGUCCGUGUCUUAGCUGCUUGUGAAACUAUGGGUAAUGCGACCACCAUUUGUUCUGAUAAGACGGGUACGCUGACGCAAAACAAAAUGACGGUGGUUGCUGGUACCUUUGGUUCGUCAUUCCGCUUUAUCAACAACCCACCUGCAUCUCGCUCUGACCUGAUUGACCUCAAGAAGGUGUCUUCCACUGCACCCAAGGACGCCCUUAACCUGAUCAAUCAAUCCAUUGCUGUCAAUUCCAAUGCCUUUGAAGGAGAGAACGAGAAGGGAGAGCCCUGCUUUGUAGGAAACAAGACCGAAACCGCUCUUUUGCAAUUCUCUCGUGAGAUUGGUGCCGAACACUAUGAUUCUUUACGUACUCGCUGGCCUGUGGAGCAAGUAUAUCCUUUCAGUUCUGAACGCAAGGCCAUGGCUACCGUCCUGCAGAUCCCUCACCCUACUCAACCUCAACAAAUGAUUUACAGAGUGCAUGUAAAAGGUGCAUCCGAAAUUGUCUUGGGUCUUUGUGAUAAAAUCCUUACGCUCAAAAGUUCCUCCUCUACUCGUGAUGACUACAAUGGUGCCAAUACUCGUCCCUUAAACGGUGAUGAUAGCAACCGUGUUGAACGCAUUAUUCAAAGCUAUGCCAUGAAGAGUUUAAGAACGAUUGGUAUUGCCUAUUGUGAUUUCGAACAAUGGCCACCUAAGGGUCCCGCUUUGAAUCAGGACGAGGAUGUUCCUUAUGACGAUAUUGUAGAGAAUAAUGAUUUGACUUUCCUUGGUGUUGUUGGUAUCGAAGAUCCUCUUCGUGAUGGUGUACCUGAAGCUGUACAAGCCUGUCAACGUGCAGGUGUAUUUGUUCGCAUGGUGACGGGUGAUAAUGUCGUGACCGCUAAAAGUAUUGCUAAACAAUGUGGAAUCUAUACUCCUGGCGGUAUCGUCAUGGAAGGACCUACAUUCAGAAAAUUGCCCCAAUCUGAGAUGGACAGUGUCUUACCCCGUCUUCAAGUGUUAGCUCGUUCAAGUCCUGAAGAUAAGAGAAUUCUUGUAAGCAGACUACGUGAAUUAGGAGAUAUUGUUGCAGUCACUGGUGAUGGUACCAAUGAUGGUCCUGCUUUAAAGAUGGCCGAUGUCGGUUUCUCGAUGGGUAUUGCUGGUACUGAAGUUGCCAAGGAGGCCUCUAGUAUUAUUCUGAUGGAUGAUAAUUUCUCCAGUAUUGUCAAGGCCAUCAUGUGGGGUCGUUGUGUGAAUGAUGCGGUCAAGAAGUUUUUGGAAUUUCAAAUUACCGUUAAUCUUACUGCUGUUAUCUUGACCUUUAUCUCUGCGGUUGCUAGUGAUGAUCAAAAGUCUGUCUUGACGGCUGUUCAACUCUUGUGGGUUAACUUGAUCAUGGAUACCUUUGCUGCCCUUGCUUUAGCUACUGACCCCCCAACUGCAGAAUUAUUAGAUCGUGCUCCUGAUCCACGUACCGCGCCUUUAAUCACCCUCAAGAUGUGGAAGAUGAUCAUUGGUCAAGCUAUUUACCAAAUUGUUGUUACCCUUGUUCUUUUAUACAGUAAUGUCCUCAAGAAUGAUACCCAAGAAGCCGUAUUACAAACAGUUGUAUUCAAUACUUUUGUAUUCUGUCAAAUCUUUAACGAAAUCAAUUGUCGACGUAUCGAUAGUCAUCUCAAUAUCUUUACUAAUAUUUUUGCCAACAAGUUCUUCUUGGCCAUCUUCCUUAUCUGUGUGCUUGGUCAGGUUGUUAUUGUUCAAUUCGGUGGUGCUGCUUUCCAGGUAGUUGCACUUGAUGCGGCCCAUUGGGCUAUUGCGCUUGUGAUUGGUGUGAUUUCUUUGCCUAUUGGUGUGGUGAUCCGUCUUAUUCCUGAUAGCAUAUUUGCGUGUUUGUUCCGUGAUCCUGUUACUCGCGAGAAAUACAUGGGAGGUGGAAGCACAGUUCCAGCCGUCUACGUAGCUGGUAAUGAACGUUUGCCCUGGAAUUCAAAUGAAAGAUCCAACACCAUGCGUUCUCGAUCUUCUAAACAUGAUAACCACUCUUUUGCUUCAGGAUCUAUUCGUAGUCUUGAGUAAAUGCUUCAUCCUCCAAUCCCCCUUUCUUUCUUUAUAUCCUUCUGCAUAAUCUUUUUCCUCUAAAACCCUUAACUCCCCUCCUCCCCUUACAGAAAAGGAACCCUUUUUUUUAUUUUUAAUUAUUUCAUAAUCGGUAUGUUUUCUUUUCAUCAACCGAAGUUCAUGUAUAGUGCUUCCCUUUUUUUUUUUCUUCUUCUCUCUAC